AACUGGAGGAUGCGUGUGCUUGUAAUAAUAGUGACUUUCAUUGCGUUUGAGGAUCACAUUUGAUCAGUUCUUGCUUUCCCUGGAUUUUGGUGUGAUCUGGUUUUGUCUGAAUAUCACAGAGACUGAAGUCAGUCUGGAAUGAAGGCCACCGUCGUCUUCAUCACUGUCUGUCUGAUCUCAGGUCAGGGACUUUGUUUCAAUGUGAUUGGCUGCUCUGGAGGGAGUGUGAUGUUCAAGUGCAUGUAUCCAAAAGAACAUGACGGUCAACAUGAAGGAAAGUAUUUCUGCAGAGAUAAAGAGUGUACAGGAAUCAGUUCUGAUCUUCAGCAGCGCUGGGUUAAUAAUGAGAGAAUCUCUCUGUAUGACGAUAAAAACAACAGAUUCCUGAAAGUGUUUAUCAGGAAGCUCAGCAGAGAGGAUGAUGGGAAACACACAUGUGGAAACAAUCAGAAAUGGAGUCGUGAUGUUGAGUUAAAGGUUAACAAAAACUCUUCUUCUUGUGGGACGUCUGUUAUCGGAUCUGCAUAUAUUAGUCAAACAAUCACUAUCCGCUGUGAAUAUGAUCAAGGGUUUAAAAAACACACCAAAGUCUUCUACAGAGUGAACGGAGAUCCUGAGCUUGUCCUGAACUCUCAUCAUCAUCAUCAUCAUCAUCAUCAUCAUCAUCAUCUGAGGAGAAGUUCAUCCUGACUGACUCUCAGAAAGAUCACUUUAAUGUAACCAUCACAGACGUUUCUGAUGGAGGAGUUUAUUUAUGUGGAGUGGAGAGAGACGGAUCAGAUAAACCACCUUCAGAAACAUCUAUCACUUACAUCACCUUCAUUAAAGAGAUUGAGCUGAAUGUUCAAAGUCAGAUAACUUCUGUCCAGGUCGAGGCCUACAUCAGUAAAUCAGUCUUCAUCACCUGUACAUUUCCACAGAAAUUAAAAAGAAACAAGAAAUUCUUGCAGAAAGAUCCCUCACAGAAGAUCCAUGAUGAAGAUCAGAAUCAAUGGGUCCAACGUAAUAAAGUGCACAUGUAUGAUGAUACCAGUGAAGGACUUCUGAAGGUUUUUAUCAGUGAUUUAACUGAAGGUGAUGAAGGAACGUACAGAUGUGGAGUGAAUACUGAUAAAGAUCAUCUGUUCACUGAGAUCAAACUGAAGAUCAGUACAGCUGAUGAUUUUCCUGCAUCAAGCACAUCAGCUGUUUUUGGUGAAAGUGUGAAGCUCACCUGUAAUUCUACUGAGAAAAACAAGACCUUCAAACACAUCUGUAAAGAGAACAAGGAGAAGAUCUGUGAGAAGAUCAGUUCAUCAGAGUUUUCUGAAAGUACAGCAGGAGUUUUCACAGCGAUCUUCAGUAAUGUGAGGCUGAGAGAUGCUGGAGUUUACUGGUGUGGAGAAGAAACCAGAAACAAACAUCUGACUUCUGUUUCUCUCACCAAUAAACAUGAGCUGACUUUAUCCAUUCCUCCAGUGAUUGGACGAGAAGGAGAUUCAGUCGACAUCAAAUGUCCUUAUGAGGACACAGAAGAAAGAUGUCUGCGCAGUGGAAACUGUUUGAAAAAGAAAUAA